UUUUUUCCUUUGAAAUGAUGGGUUAGUGUUCUUUUGUUUGUUUGUUUGUUAUGGUGGAUUGUGGAGGGAGAUCAAUGGCUUCAGCAACAGAUGUAUUUCCUGCAACGAAACUCGAAGGUGGAAGCUUCAAAGGCGGAUUCGGUUCAAUGAAGGAUGAAAACGACGACACAUUGGGGAAUAUGAGCCAAACCAACGCUGCCAAACCUCCGAGAAGCCUCCCUGCUAUGCGCCAUUGCACAAGUUCUGCUAGGUUAAUCGAAGGGGAAUCGGUUAUGGGAGCUGGGGGCUUGAAGUCACCACCAUCGAGAGAGGACACUGGAUUUCUACCUGUAUUCCGUUCGGGAAGCUGUUCCGAGAAGGGACCAAAACAUUAUAUGGAAGAUGAGUAUAUAUGUAUCGAUAAUCUGUUUCAACACCUUGGAUCGCCUACAGACUUUCCUUACCUAGGAGCAUUCUAUGGGGUAUUUGACGGACAUGGUGGUCUCGAUGCAGCAUCCUUUACCCGAAAUAACAUUUUAAGUUUCAUCAUCGAAGACAAAAAUUUUGCAACCGGCACGAAAAAGGCAGUUAAGAGUGCAUACGUGAAAGCUGAUCAUGCACUUGCAGAUGCUAAAUCUCUCGAUAGAUCCUCUGGCACAACUGCUUUGACUGCUCUCAUUUUGGAAAGGACCAUGAUCGUCGCUAAUGCCGGGGAUUCUCGAGCUGUAUUGGGGAAACGAGGCCGAGCAAUCGAGCUGUCCAAAGACCACAAGCCCAACUGCACAUCGGAAAGGUUAAGAAUCGAGAAACUAGGUGGUGUGAUAUACGACGGAUACCUGAAUGGCCAGCUUUCGGUAGCACGAGCUCUCGGAGACUGGCACAUCAAAGGCGCUAAAGGUUCGAAGAGCCCCCUGAGCUGUGAACCGGAACUGGAAGAAAUAUUACUGACAGAGAAAGAUGAGUUUCUUAUAAUGGGGUGUGACGGGCUUUGGGAUGUGAUGAGUAGCCAAUGUGCCGUAACAAUGGUGCGGAAGGGGCUGAUGCAGCAUAACGAUCCGGAGAAGUGCUCAAGAGCACUUGUGAAAGAGGCGCUGCAACGCAACACAUGCGAUAAUCUAACCGCCGUCGUCGUCUGCUUCUCUCUGGAUCCACCACAUAAGAUCGAAAUCCCGAGAUCGUACAAGAGGAGGAGUAUAUCAGCAGAAGGGCUGGAUCUCCUCAAGGGUGUUUUGAACAACGAAUGAUUUGAGUGGUGAAGAAUUGCCUGUAUCUUGUACAAAAGGAGGAAGAAAACAAUGGAGUUCAAACUAAUU